CGUUAAACCCCACCGAAGAAGAAGGUGUAUCGUCAUACGGUCUAUUCUUUUCUACACAACACAGCUCAGGCAUUGUCGAUGCAGGAAAGACAGGGGAGUCCAAGUUGGAGGUAAAAGUCCAGUUGAAAUGUGUGAUGAAACAGUUCGUGACAAAGACUAUUAUCAAAAUCAACCACUUGAUCUCCAAAGGUACUGCAGCUCUGUGUUCAAAGAUAUGCCAGAGUCAAAGUGAGGUUAAAUCUCUGAAAAUUAGGCUAUUGGAGAUGACUGACGGUAAGGAGAUACCUGAAAAGACAGUGGGAAGAACCCCACAGACAUUGGAAGAGCAGGAAUGGGCGGGAUUACCAUAUCGACCGGAGUUUGCAGAGGAUUUGGAGAUUGAAGUGCCAACUCCCAUUGAUGAGGCUGACAAGACUACAAAUUGCAAGGAGACCACGAUCAGAGUUAAAACCAUAGAGAUGAAACAAUGCUUUAUAUCUCUGGCAAAAUUACCUUCCUCACUCACUAAGUCUAACAAACAGGGGCCAAAUACAGCCAAACAAGAAUCAAGUAGGCCAACAGACAGAGAGGCAGAAAGCAGGCCUACAGACAUUCAGGCCCUAAGUACAGAUGCACAAAGUCUCAGUGUGGAUUCUGUGCUAUCCACUAUACCCAGGAGGGAAAAGAAGAGAACAGAGGCAACCAUGGUGGCACAAUCAGACGGAAGUAAGGAGAACGCAGAUGAUGACCAAUGGGAGGAGGAGAAUGCUAAUGCCGGACAGACCUCGAGUGACGAAUCUCUUCACAACAGAAGGCCAAACAGGAAACAAAAUAAGACUACCAACACCAGGAAAGAGUACCUCUGUCCGGACUGCGGUAAGGUUUUUAAGAAAUUAUGUAAUUUUAAACAGCAUCAACAGACUCACACAGGAGAGAGACCUUAUUGUUGUGAAUUAUGUGGGAAAUGUUUCCCCACUGCUUGGAAGCUCAGAAAUCACCAAUUGGUGGUCCACAGGAGAGAGAAGCCGCUUGAAUGCCCAACAUGUGGGAAGUGCUUUGCAACAAAGAGUUAUUUGGACAAACAUGCAAGCGUUCAUUCAACAGAGAAACCGUUCCGAUGCCUCGUGUGUCAGAAGUGUUUUAAAAGUAAAAAUGGCCUCAAGGAACAUACAAUAUUGCACAAUUCAAAUUCAAACUCAUAUGCUUGUGACAAAUGUCCAAAAACCUUUGUAAAGCUGAAAUACCUCAAGAAUCAUCAGCUAACUCACAGCGGAGGAGGAGCUCACCGUUGCGAAUUGUGUGGAAAGGGUUUCAAGUCUCCUUCCGAACUCAAACAGCACCAAGCAUCAGUCCAUAGGGGAGAGAAGCCGUUCCAAUGUCCAACAUGUGGGAAGUGCUUCGGAAAAAAAGAAAAUUUGAAAAUUCACGCAAGUGUUCAUUCAGAAGAGAGAGCAUUCCAGUGCUCUCAAUGUCAGAUGUGUUUCAAAACCAAGUAUACGCUUAGCGACCAUAAGAAGACUCACACGGACUCCAAGCCGUAUGCUUGCGGCAAAUGCCCAAUGACCUUCAUUCGGUCAAGGUACCUUAAGAUGCAUCAAGCCUCGCACCUGACCAGCAAGCCGUUAGCGUGCAGCUACUGUGGGAAAGGCUUCAAAGGUGAACGUGAGUGCAAGAGACACGAACGCACACACACUGAAGAACCCCCUUAUACCUGUGACGAAUGUGGCAAGGGUUUCUAUAAACACGAAUCAUUAAAAGUCCAUGUGGCAUUGCACACCGGAGAGAAGCCGUUCGCCUGUGAUUACUGCGGUAAAACCUUUGCUCUGGCGUCCUACCUUAAAACCCAUGUAGCAAAAUUUCACUCUGUGACCGAACUCCACGCCUGUGGGAAAUGUGGCAAAAAAUAUAAGGAUAUCAUACAUUUCAGAAGCCAUAUGGUUCAGGGUUGUUGAGAGGCUGCGGAAUUAGUUUGUUUGACUUGAAACAAUUUCUCUUUCUAAUAUUGGAGGGAAUCUAAUAACCCUUCCUAAACGAAGCCCCUGGGAGGACGCAGGUUAAAGGCACAACUUGUAACUUUCGUUCUGACAAUGCUGUGACAUUCAUUGUUAUUUUGGAAUUGUGAUUAAAGUUGUAAUAUGUUCCUGUCAUACUACAA